AAUGUGACCAUGGAUUUAAUUUUGAACCAGAUAAUGCAGAAAAGGUGGUUGAAUGCACAAGGAAUGGGUGGUCGCCUUCACCAAAAUGUGUUGCAGUUCAAAGUACCUGCAAGAAGGUUUCUCUGCUUCAUGGGUUUUUUGUUCAGAGGCAACAGAGUUUUCAGCUCAAUGAGAAAGCAAGAUAUAACUGUCAUGAUGACUACGUAACUCCAGAAGGAAAGAGUGAGGGAGAGACAUGGUGCCUGGCAGAGGGCUGGAACCCAGAGCCAAAGUGUAUCAAGAUGUGCUCAAAGCCACUCGCAGAUGCUUUUAUCCUCAACACAACAAAGUCUGUUUUCUUAUCUGGGGAUGAACUUCACUAUGAAUGUAAAGAGGGGCUUGAAACCAUUAAAAAUACCAUUGGUGAUACCAUUGUGUGCAGGGAGAAGGGAUGGGAGCCAACUCCUGGAUGUCUGCCAAUAGAAUGUGAACCUCCAGUUCUGGAUAAUGUCAGGAUUGAUCCAAGAUUGGAUAAAUUUCAGCACAAAAUGGUGGUGCAUUUUAAAUGUCUUAGAGGAUUCACAAGAGUUGGGCCUGAGUCUUCACAAUGCUAUCACUUCGGAUGGUCUCCACAGCCUCCAAUCUGUAAAGAAAAUGUUCAGACUUGUCAGGCACCACCCAGCAUUUUACAUGGCAUGGUUAUUGGUGAGCUCAAGCAAGUAUAUCAGCAUGGUGAUACAUUGGAAGUUCAGUGUGACAUCUCAUUUGCACCUUAUGGAUCAAAAUUCAUAGAGUGUGUAGAUGGUGAAUGGGCACCCUUACCGUCAUGCACAGAGGAACUGAUUUUGAUCCUUUUUAUUGUUUACAAUUAUCUUGGACAGAGGUUCGCAAAGUAUGUUUUUGUUAAAGAAACCUGCCCUCCACCACCUCAGCUUCCCAAUGCCAUCAAUAUCGCUGAGAUGAGAAUCUACAGGAGCGGAGAAGAAAUCAGCUUCAGGUGUGAAGAACAUUUCCGUCUUCAUGGGCCACAAAAAAUAAAGUGUGAAGAUGGAAAAUGGCAAACACCUCCACGCUGUCUUGAUCUUGGGGAAACUUGUGGACGCCCACCUCCUCUGGACAACGGAGACAUCUUAGAGAUAGCCAAGGUGCAAUAUCUCUCAGGCGAAAGUGUGACUUAUCAAUGCCAAAGUUACCACAGAAUGGAAGGAUCUCCAAAAGUGACUUGUGAAAAUGGCCAUUGGAUGGAAAAACCAAGAUGCAUAGUUCCUUGUACAGCAAGUGAAGAAGAUAUGAUAUAUCACAAUAUACAGCUGAGAUGGAGGCAAUCUGCAAAACUAUAUAUAGCGAAUGGAGAUGCAGCUGAAUUUCAGUGUAAAGGAGGCUAUCAGCCACAUCCAAAUUCCAGACCAUUUAGAGUUACUUGCACAGAGGGGAAAUUUCAGUAUCCACAUUGCACUAAAGUCUAAGGAAAUGAAUAACAGGACACAUAUGGCAGCCUUUUAAAACCAGAAUAUGGAUGUCAAUAAUCCUGAAUCAUCCUCCUCAAUACCACCAUAUGAAGCUGGAUUUUGUUUGUUUGAAAAAUUUAUUUUACCUGCAGCCAUUCACAAUAGAUCACAAUCUAAAAGUCUAAUUUAUAAAGGCCAAAUUUUAUCAUUUGUUAUCAUUGGUAAAAUGAUAGCACAGUUAUAAACAAAUCUAUAGAUCAUCUUUAAGUCUGUUUAUACACACACGUAUGCAUCUGGAGUCAAGAAUGUAGAACUUUUCCAUAUACAUUUUUAGCCAAAACAUUUUAUUAAUGAAAAUUAUCAAUCAGCAGCCUUCUUAAAGCAGUUCAAAAUUGAUCACUGAAAUAGAUAUUUUUAGCAUGAAGAAAUGCUGAGUUCACUAAAAUAAAAAUAAAAACUGAUCUGCAAAAAUGGUCUUUAUCUGCAAUAUAUUUUCAAAAGAUACAAAGGUGUACAAAUUACAUUGAUCCAAUUCAAGGCCCAGUCCACAUUUCAGAAACAUCUUGAUCCUGUGAAGAUAAUGGAACUUGCAGAGACAGCUAAGUUGACUUCCUUGACUAGAGAAAAGACAAUAUCUAUAUUUAUGGCUGAUUGGAAACCACUUAUAGACUUUUUGCAUGAAACAGAAAAAAAUGCAAUUAUGAC